AGAAGGCGCUGCCAGGGCCGCUGUCAGGGAAUGCUGGGGAAAGAGGUUCAUGUGGACUGAGGCAGAGGCCUGAGAGGACGGGCUGGGGAAGACACCGUGAUGCCCUUGACCCCCUCCCACAAAGGGGCUGCCUGUUCCAAGUGCAAAGGGCCCCUGGAGGAUGCAGUGACCACCGCCUGCGGACACACCUUCUGCCGGCUGUGCCUUCCUCCGCCCUCCCAGAUGGGGGCCCAGCCCUCUGGCAGGGUCCUGCUCUGUGCCCUCUGCGAGGAGAAGGAGCCGAGCGAGACCCUCCUGGUCCCCAUGCCCCUGGGCCCUCUCGGGGAGACUUACUGCGAGGAGCACGGCGAGAAGAUCUACUUCUUCUGCGAGAACGACGCUGAGUUCCUCUGCGUGUUCUGCCGGGAGGGUCCCUCCCACCAGGCCCACGUCGUGGGCUUCCUGGACGAGGCCAUCCAGCCUUACCGGGACCGUCUCAGGAGUCGGCUAGAAGCUCUGAGCACAGAGAGAGAUGAGAUUGACGACAUGAAGAGCCGGGAAGACCAGAAGCUCCAAGUGCUCCUGGCUCAGAUUGAAAGCAAGAAGCAGCAGGUGGAAGGGGCUUUUGAGAGGCUGCAGCAGGAGCUGGGGGAACAGCAGCGCCUCCUGCUGGCCAGGCUGACGGAGCUGGAGCAGCAGAUAUGGAAGGAGAGGGAGGAGUAUCUCUCCAAACUCUCUGAGGAAGUGGCCCGGCUGGGAGCCCAGGUCAAGGAGCUGGAGGAGAAGUGUCAGCAGCCAGCAAGUGAGCUUCUGCAAGAUGUCAGAGUCAACCAGAGCAGGUGUGAGAUGAAGACUUUUGUGAGUCCAGAGGCCAUUUCUCCUGACCUUGUCAAAAAGAUCCGUGAUCUCCACAGGAAAAUACUCACCCUCCCAGAGAUGAUGAGGGCUUUCUCUGAAAAUCUGGUGCAUCAUCUGGAAACAGAAUCAGGGGUCGUCACUCUGGACCCUCAGACAGCCAGCGGGAGCCUGGUCCUCUCCGAGGACAGGAAGUCUGUGAGGUACACCCGGCAGAAGCAGAACCUGCCCGACAGCCCCCUGCGCUUCGAGGGUCUCCCGAUGGUGCUGGGGUCCCCCGGCUUCUCCUCGGGGCGCCAUCGUUGGCAGGUGGAGGUGCAGCUGGGGGACGGCGGCGGAUGCACCGUGGGGGUGGUCGGGGAGGAGGUGAGGAGGAAGGGGGAGCAAGGCCUGAGCGCCGAGGAGGGCGUCUGGGCGGUGGUCCUCUCCCACCAGCAGUGCUGGGCCAGCACCUCCCCGGAGACCGACCUGCCGCUGAGCGACAUCCCGCGCCGCGUGGGCGUCGCCCUGGACUACGAGGCGGGGCGCGUGGCCCUGCUGGACGCCGACACCCAGGCGCCCAUCUUCACCUUUACCGCCUCCUUCUCCGGCAAAGUCUUUCCCUUCUUCGCUGUCUGGAAAAAGGGUUCCUGCCUAACCUUAAAAGGCUGAAGCAGGCCGUCCGAUGGACAGUGCGGCGCCCGGGGAUCCCAGCGCCGACCCCUGGAUGAUUUGUUAGGACACGGGAUUUCCGAGUCCCUAUAGUUUUGUCAUUUUUUUCAUUUUAUUUAUCGUAUGUCUUUCAACUCCCAGAAGUCCCUGGUCACCCCGCUGACGCUCCUGCCUUCUGUGCAUCCCGGAGAGGAGAACCAGAGAUAGGCAGGUUGCGACCAGGACAAUCAAGUUGAGUAGUCAGUGGGUUUUGUGGGGGGAAAAAAAACCAAAAUAAAAUUUUUUUAAGUUUCAAAAUAACCGUCAUGGGAAAAGCCAGAACUGUGUGGAACUUGCAUUAAUGUAUCCGGUUGACUGUUUUUAUUUGGACAUACACAUGGAGAUGAUUCUACCUCUCCGAUCCUAGAGUCUCUUCAUCCAGCCCCAAGUGGACCCAGGUCCCCUUUCUUUCUGUUCCUUUCUCUUGUAGAGUAUGUCCUAAUAAAGUGUGCAACCCAACCAGACUCCCGCGUCUGGAGUGUCUAAUCGGUGCUGAUGGGGUGGACAGAAAGGCCAGUGGAAUCUCUGUGACCAAUACAUAUCCUGUCCCUUUUACUCAGGACUUGCCUGAGGGCAGGCUAGCCAGACUCCACUGUUCAAUAAGAGGAGGCUUGUGUUCAGUUCCAACUCACCUCUUAAACAUUUAUUAUUGUUACUGUUGUUAUUGGGCACAGAAUCUGACUACACAUUCAAGUAAGUUCACAAAGUAUGAAUCUCUGUAAGAAUGACGAUGAUUCACACACCACCACCAUCACCACCUCCACUCUACUUUCUGAUUCUAGCUCUCUUUCCUUUCAAGUUUAACACUUAUUUUCCCAUCCUCCCAGCCCAACCCUGGAAAAAAAUCUACCUUCUUCCCCUAUCAGGAUCUCUCUAGUAGAAAUCUAUGUACAAGAUUACCUUUUGUAUCCUAUGAGCCCUGUUCCUGAAUAUGGGGUCAGAUAUUUUCAAGAUACUCCAAGUGCUUGUACCCUAUGUGAACU